ACACGCCCCGUCGGGGAAACGAAACUGGAAGUCGGCACCCCCCGGCACCCACCGGCACCCAGCGACACCUCCCGGCACCGGGACCCACUGACACCCCCCGGCACUGGGAACCUCCUGGCACUGCACCCACUGACACCCACUGGCACCCACCAGCACCCACCGACACCCUUUAGCACCCAGCGACACCCACCAGCACCGGCACCCACCGGAUGGCCACCGUGAAGUUCUGCCUGCCCCUGCUGUGGGUGGUGGCCGCAGCCACUGCCGCUGUAACCCCGGUCCCCACGCCGGAGGCUUCUUCCAGCACGCUGAGCCUGGUCACACUGCAGCCGGCACGGACGGUGUCCCCACGUCCUACCCCAGGCCCUCUGGGGGACAUGGAGACGCCGUCCCCGACUGCGCCCAGCCCUGAGGAGGAGCCCAUCCUGGAUGUCACCCUCAAGGACAAGGAGCCCCUGGGAACCCAGGAGCCAGAGGCAGCACCCGAGGAGCCCGGGACCACUGCCAGCGGGAGCACAGCAGGACCUACGCCCGGGACCACCGAGGGUCCCUCUGGCACCCCGAGCACAAGUGCUCCGCCGUGCCCCGGCGACAAGGACCCCCCUGAGGCCUGCGGGGCACCCACGGGGGCACAGAGGGCAGCUGUGGCCGAGGCCCUGGGCACCUUCGCCGUGCGUUUCUACCGGCACAUGGUGGAGACGGCCGAGCCCGGCGCCAACCUGCUCUUCUCCCCCCUCAACGUGGCCCUGGGGCUCUCGCACCUCUUGCUGGGUGCCCGGGGUGAGACCCAGGAGCGCCUGGCCGCCGUCCUGGGCUACCCGCCGGGGCUGGCAUGCGUGCACGGAGCCCUGCAGCAGCUGGCCGCCGUGCCCGGGCUGCUGGCUGCCUCACAGAUCUUCCACCACCCAGACCUGUUCCUGCGGCCCCGCUUCUUGAACGAGUCGCUGCGCUUCUACGAGGCCCCGCCGCAGGUGCUGAGCGGCAACGAGAGCCUGGACCUGCAGCGCAUCAACGCCUGGGUGCGCCAGGCCACCCACGGGCGCCUGCCCCAGCUGCUGGCCCAGCUGCCCCACGAGCCACGCCUGGUGCUGCUCAGCGCCGUCCACUUCCAGGCCCAGUGGCAGACGCCGUUCAAGGCCAAGCAGACGGUGCCGCUGCCCUUCCUGCGCCCCGGCCUCCCGCCCGUGCCCGUGCCCACCAUGACCAGCAAGAAGUACCCCGUGGCCUCCUUCACCGACUCCCGCCUGCAGGUCCAGGUGGGGCGGCUGGACCUGAGCGAGGGGCUGAGCCUGGUGGUGCUGGUGCCGCGGGGAGCCCCGGAGGCGCUGGGGACCGUGGAGCGGGCGCUGGACCCCCCGACCUUCCUGGCGCUGCUGCAGAGGGCAGCCAGCACCCCAACGCGCGCCACUGCCAUCGCCCUGCCCCGCAUGCACCUCGACCUCACCAUGGACGUAGUGUCCCUGGUCCACGACAUGGACUACGGGCUGUUCCUGGACGCGGAGCUGUGCGGGCUGGCGCGGGGCCCAGCGGUGGCGGUGGACGCGGCGCAGCACCGGGCCGUGCUGGCGCUGGACGAGGCCGGCGUGGAGGCGGCGGGCGCCAUGGCCACCUCGGUGGCCCGCACGGCCCUGCUGCUGGAGGCUCUGCAGCCAUUCCUCUUCGUCAUCUGGGACCACGCCGGCGCCAUCCCCCUCUUCAUGGGGCGCCUCAGCGACCCCCAGCCCUGACACCUGCCUCAUGGAGGCCCUUGCAUGGCCCCCUCCUUCCUCCCCUCCCUUUCCUCCAUCCCUCCUCUCCUCCCUCCUCCCUCCCCUCCUCUCCCUGCUUCUCUUCUCCCUCCUUCCAUCCCUCUCUCCCCCUUCCCAUCCCUCCCUCCCUUUUUCCUCCUUCCUUCCCUCCCUUCUUACCCCUUUCCUCCACUCCUCCCCUCCUCUCCUCCCUCCUUCCUUCUCUCCUCCCCUUCCCUCCCUCCUUCCCUUGUCCCUCCCUCUCUCCCUGCUUCCUCCUCUCCCUCCUUCCGUCCCUCUCUCCCCCUUCCCAUCCCAUCCCAUCCCAUCCCUCCCUUCUUACCCCUUCCCAUCCCUCCCUCCCACUCCUUCCCCCUUCAUCCCCCCCCCACCUCUCCCAGCCCCCUGGGGUGCCGCAGAGCCCCUGGCCCCCAGCCACCCCGUAAGCUCCGGGCCUGGGGCCCCAAUAAAUGCUCUGACCCC